CAGCUGGCGCGGGGCCCGUCCUGCCGGAGCUUCCCCGCCGGAGCCCUGGGUCCCCGGGAGCGCUGGGAAGCUGCGUGGGAAGCCACGGAGGUGCGCGGAGAAGCUGCGGCCGGGGGCAAAGCAGCGCCUCACGAUGCCGCCGCCAUCCUCUGCUGGUGCCCUGGUGACUCCAGUCAUCCGUGUUUUCACUUUGGCGCACAAGUUGGGGUUGAAAACAGCGCCGGAGCUGCUGGAGCACGUCUGUUCCUCCUCUGCACAGCCCUGCGAGGGGCAGGGCCGUGGCGAAGUCCCCGCGCCGCGGGGGGGGGGACGCGGGCUGCGUGCGGGGAGCACCUUUGUCCGGAGCACGCGGGGUCGGUGCCUCUGACCCCUCUUCGCUUCUCCCCGCGGCGACUCCAGCGCCCCUCUCCCACAGAGCUCGUCCCUCACAGCUCUCGCAGGAUUUUGGCUUCCUCGGGGGCCGCGGGCCCUCCGCGGCCGCGCCUUCGCACGCCCGGAGCCCGGCCGUCCCCGUCUUUGCCACCGAAACCGGGCAGCGGGACGCGGCUGGUAUGUGACGGCGCCAAACGCAGCGUCCCCGGGAGGACGAGGACGGCCCCGGCGGCUUCUCACUCCUCCCCAGGACGGUUUGUUUGUCCGGCCAGAGCCGUCCCCGUCCCCAGGGAAGGCGCUGCGGGGUGGGGACAAGGGUGGGGACCCGGCCCUGGCCCCGCAGCGCAGCAAAGCCUGGCCGGGGCCGGUGAAUCUGGCCUCGCCGGGCACGGCCGCCGGCAUGGGGACGGUGACGGGCCCCCUCCAGGACCCCGACGGACAUUACCAGUUCCGUGUCAUCGUGCUGGGGGACGCGGCCGUGGGGAAGUCAUCGCUGCUGCGGUGCUUCGCGGAGGGUCCGGCCGGGGGCGCGGCCACCCCCUGCCCCACCACCGGCGUGGAGUUUUACAGCCGCACCAUCCCGCUGCCGCCCGCCGGCAGGGCCAAGCUGCAGCUCUGGGACACGGCCGGCCAGGAGAGGUUCAGGUCCAUCACCAGGUCCUUCUACCGGAGCGCAGCAGGGGUGCUGCUGGUGUUCGACCUCACCAACCGCGCGUCCUUCGAGCACGUCCCCGAGUGGUACCACGAAGCUGCCGGGGAGCAGCCCCCCGCCUUCGUCCUGGUGGGACACAAGUGUGACCUGGUGGCCGAGCGAGCCGUGUCGGCGGAGGAGGCCAGGCACCUGGCCGCCUCCCUGGGCAUGGCCUUCGUGGAGACCUCGGCCCGCAACAACCUCAAUGUGGAGCUGGUUUUCCAGACACUGGCGGGGAGCAUCCAGCGGGCGCUGGGGCGGGGGGCCCUCGCCGCCCACUGGGGCUGCAGCGGCGUAAGGCUCAUCCCCAGCCAGAGCCAACCCCGGCCUCCGGUGCGGGGGGAGCCCCGGGAGCGCUGCCAGUGCUAACAGGGACAGAGGGGACAUGGGACCCUCUACCUUGGGGAUGCUUCUCGCUCCACCCUGCAGCCCCCUGCCCUUGGGCGAUGUGCGGGGCUGCGUCCCCACCCUGGCUUGGGUUAAUUUCAAGCCUUAAUUGGGGGAUGUCUGAAAAAAUAAUACUCCCCACAGGACUGUUUUUAAUAAAC